AUGCGGCUGCUUUCAGCUUUAGACGAGCAAUUGGCUGCUCACUGCCGCCGCCUUGAAAUGUCAAAGAAGGUGGUGGAAAGGAAAGAUACUCCUCUCGACAAUAGCAACGCCACAGGUGGUAGUAGUGGUGGUGGUGUUAGCAUUAUGACUCCUGGAACUAGCGGAUCUUCAGUUUUGUCACCUUCGUGCCGUGUGGUUUUGUAUGGAGUGGAUCUUGGUGUCAAACCAUGUCACAUAAGUUCAAUGUUGGAGCAGUUGGUUGGUCUACAUCCAUUAGAUGUUGUGCGUCCUGCCGCGCAGCUAUGGGAGUCAGUAUGUGCAGUUAUAGCAGACCAAGAAGCGAAGGCCACCGCAUCAACCAUAACGGAAGACGGUGGCGGGGCGGUAGGAACACCUGCCGGGGAUUCUCAGGGAAUUGCAACAGCUGAGGGAAUUACGAGUUCCACGGUGGAACACAGGGGCAUCCCGGAUGGCUGUCGGCAUCUUGGAUUGUAUGAAGUGGGUGCAGCGGGUGGAAUAGUUAUAUUGGAUUUGCCGCAGGCCAGUGACGUUGCCACGGUGGUGGCCGCACUUAAUGGGGCCUGUUUGAACGGGCGAUUUAUAUCAGCGGCACCGGCGGUCGGCUGA